UAUCCGGCUAAUCUGCGAGGGAAAUCCGGUAACGAAGACGAUGAGGAACUGGACGAUCCCAUCCGUGCUGUUCCUGUUAUGUAUCUUCUCUCUUCUUCCCGAUCAAGGUCGGAAUAUACAUGCAAAUGCUGCAUUUAAUUCUGGUGCCCCAGUGGAUCAACCAAAGGUGGAAGAAAAGAUUGGUGCUGUUCCGCAUGGUUCAUCCACUGAUUCUGAUGUUGCAAAAAGGGAAGCUGAGUCCAUGUCCAGGAGGACGCUCCGAGCUAGUGCUGAGAAAUUUGAGUUCCAAGCUGAGGUGUCUCGGCUUAUGGACAUCAUUAUCAAUUCCCUAUACAGUAACAAAGAUAUUUUCUUGAGGGAGCUGAUCUCUAAUGCUUCAGAUGCAUUGGACAAGAUCAGAUUCCUUUCACUCACUGACAAGGAAAUACUAGGUGAAGGCGACACUUCUAAGCUUGAGAUCCAGAUUAAAUUGGAUAAAGACAAGAAAAUUCUUUCCAUUCGUGAUAGAGGUAUAGGAAUGACAAAAGAGGAUCUAAUCAAGAAUUUGGGGACCAUUGCCAAAUCUGGAACUUCAGCCUUUGUUGAGAAAAUGCAGAAAAGUGGAGACCUUAACCUCAUAGGGCAAUUUGGUGUUGGGUUCUAUUCAGUAUAUCUCGUGGCUGAUUAUGUAGAAGUAAUUACUAAACACAAUGAUGACAAGCAAUAUGUGUGGGAAUCAAAGGCCGAUGGAGCCUUUGCAAUUUCAGAGGAUUCUUGGAAUGAGCCAAUAGGCCGUGGUACUGAAAUCAGAUUGCACCUCAGGGAUGAAGCUGGUGAAUAUUUGGAUCAAUACAAAUUGAAAGACUUGGUGAAGAGAUACUCGGAGUUCAUAAACUUCCCUAUACAUCUCUGGGCAAGCAAAGAGGUUGACAAGGAGGUUCCUGUUGAUGAAGAUGAGUCUAGUGAUGAAGAUGAUACAUCGGAAAGCACAUCUUCUGGGGAAGAAACAGACGAUGAAGAUGCCGAGAAAGGGGAAGAUGAGAAAAAGCCAAAAACUAAAAAAGUGAAGGAAACGACCUAUGAGUGGGAGCUUUUGAAUGAUGUUAAAGCUAUAUGGCUACGGAAUCCCAAGGAGGUGACAGAGGAAGAGUAUAAAAAGUUUUAUCACUCUCUUGCCAAGGACUUCAGUGAUGAAAAGCCCCUUGCUUGGAGUCACUUCACUGCUGAAGGUGAUGUUGAGUUCAAGGCUGUUCUGUUUGUUCCUCACAAGGCUCCCCAUAAUCUGUAUGAAAGAUACUAUAACCCAAAGAAGUCCGACUUGAAGUUAUAUGUCAGACGGGUCUUUAUAUCAGAUGAAUUUGAUGACUUGUUGCCCAAGUACUUGAAAUUCCUGACGGGUCUUGUUGAUUCUGACACCCUACCACUGAAUGUCUCAAGAGAAAUGCUCCAGCAACACAGCAGCUUGAAAACAAUCAAGAAGAAACUCAUUCGCAAGGCCCUUGAUAUGAUUCGCAGGCUUGCCGAUGAGGAUCCAGAUGAAUCUAGCGACAAGGACAAAAAAGAAGUUGAAGAAUCCAGUGAUGAUAAUGAAAAGAGAGGUCAAUAUGCAAAGUUCUGGAAUGAGCUUGGCAAGUCAAUAAAGCUUGGUAUUAUAGAGGAUACAGCUAACAGAAACCGUUUGGCCAAACUUCUUCGUUUCGAGACGACAAAAUCAGAGGGGGAACUAACCUCACUUGAUAAGUAUAUUUCUAGGAUGAAAUCAGGCCAAAAGGACAUCUUCUACCUUACAGGAACAAGCAAAGAACAGUUGGAGAAUUCCCCCUUCCUCGAGAGGCUUAAGAAGAAAAAUUAUGAGGUCAUUCUCUUCACGGAUCCUGUGGAUGAAUACCUGGUGCAAUAUCUGAUGGAGUAUGAAGAUAAGAAAUUCCAAGAUGUGUCCAAAGAAGGCCUGAAAAUUAAGGGUUCUAAAGACAAGUUGCUUAAAGAGUCCUUCAAAGACUUGACAAAAUGGUGGAAAAAGUCAUUGGCCAGUGACAACGUUGACGACGUGAAGAUUAGCAGUCGUCUGGCUGACUCUCCUUGUGUAGUAGUGGCAUCAAAGUAUGGUUGGAGUGCAAAUAUGGAGAGAAUCAUGCAGUCUCAAACUCUAUCAGAUACCGGUAAACAGGCGUAUAUGCGUGGAAAGAGGGCGCUUGAGAUCAACCCUAGGCACCCAAUCAUCAAGGAGCUCCGUGUAAGAGUAGCAAAGGACCCUGAGGAUGAGAGUGUGAAGCAAACGGCACAGCUAAUAUACCAAACAGCUCUCAUGGAGAGUGGCUUCAUACUCAAUGAUCCCAAGGACUUUGCCUCUCGUAUAUACGGUUCAGUCAAAAGCAGUCUCAAAAUCAACCCUGAUGCGGCUGUUGAGGAGGAAGAAGAAGCCGAAGAAACUGAGGCUGAAACCAGUGCAAAAGAAACCGAUUCUAGCCCCCAAACCAACGAUGUCAAGGACGAGUUAUAGAUUGUCCAGAAAGAGUACCACGAUCUUUGACUGCAUUCGUAAAGAAUUAGUUCAGUAGUUCAUAGGUAGGUUACUGCAGACAUAUUUGUUAGCCAGGAAUUUUGUUUAUUUUCUACGCCUUAAUAAAGCUUACUUAUU